UUUUUGCCCUUUUCUCACUCUUCCUCACACUUCCAUUGCUUCCCACCGGCAAAAUCUCAGAGCUUCGAUGGGGGAUUCCGCCGGAGAUGUUAAAACCGACCUCAAAUUUCAUGGUCCGAUCGACGGCAAUGUUCUCGCUGCCAUGGCGCUCGCACGUUUCGGUGUCGACCGGAUGUUUGGUGUCGUCGGAAUUCCUGUUACCUCUCUGGCAACGCGCGCCGUCUCUCUUGGAAUCCGAUUCAUCGCCUUUCAUAACGAACAAUCGGCUGGCUAUGCUGCUUCUGCUUAUGGAUAUCUAACGGGACGUCCUGGUGUGCUUCUUACUGUUUCUGGCCCUGGGUGUGUUCAUGGCCUUGCGGGGGUUUCUAACGCCAUGGCUAAUGCUUGGCCUCUUGUGAUGAUCUCUGGUUCUUGUGAUCAGAGGGAUUUUGGCCGUGGUGAUUUUCAGGAGCUUGAUCAGAUUGAGGCUGUGAAGCCCUUUUCGAAAUUUUCCGUCAAGGCUACGGAUAUUUCCGAGAUUCCGAAUUGUGUCGCUCGAGUUCUUAAUUCUGCCGUUUCUGGUCGGCCUGGUGGAUGCUAUUUUGAUCUUCCGUCUGAUGUUUUGCACCAGACUGUUUCCGAGUCUGAGGCGGAGAGAUUAUUGGCUGCGGCGGAGGAAUUUUCACAUCGCGAGGUUAUUCAUAGAGUUCCGAAUUCGCAGAUUGAGGAAGCGAUUUCGUUACUGAAACAUGCUGAACGGCCAUUGAUUGUGUUUGGUAAAGGGGCGGCGAUCGCUCGGGCUGAGGGGCCGUUGAAGAAGCUUGUGGAGAGCACUGGGAUUCCAUUUCUUCCUACUCCAAUGGGUAAAGGAUUGUUGCCAGAUACACAUCAGCUAGCGGCUACAGCCGCUAGGUCGUUGGCGAUUGGCAAGUGUGAUGUUGCGCUUGUGGUUGGGGCACGGCUUAAUUGGCUGUUGCAUUUUGGCGAGCCGCCUAAAUGGUCCAAGGAUGUGAAGUUCAUUUUGGUUGAUAUUUGCAAGGAAGAGGUUGAAUUGAGAAAGCCCCAUUUGGGUUUGAUUGGCGAUGCAAAACAGAUAUUGGAGUCCAUUAACAAGGAGAUUAAGGAUGAUCCCUUUUGUCUUGGGAAGUCUCACCCGUGGGUUGAAGCCAUUUCACAGAAGGCAAGGGACAAUGUGGCGAAAAUGGAAGUUCAGCUGGCGAGGGAUGUUGUGCCGUUCAAUUUCAUGACUCCUAUGAGGAUCAUUAGAGAUGCAAUCUCGGCUGUUGGUAGCCCUUCUCCCAUAUUGGUCUCUGAAGGAGCCAAUACAAUGGAUGUGGGUCGCUCAGUUUUGGUUCAGACUGAGCCAAGGACCAGGUUGGAUGCAGGAACAUGGGGUACAAUGGGGGUUGGCUUGGGCUAUUGCAUUGCUGCUGCUGUCGCUUCGCCCGAUCGAUUGGUAGUUGCUGUGGAAGGCGAUUCUGGAUUCGGGUUUAGCGCCAUGGAAGUUGAGACUCUUGUUCGAUACCAGUUGCCAGUGGUCGUGAUAGUUUUCAACAAUGGCGGUGUCUAUGGUGGUGACCGGAGAACACCGCAAGAAAUUACCGGACCCUAUAAGCAUGACCCUGCACCAACCUCAUUUGUCCCAUCAGCAAAUUAUCACAAAAUGAUUGAAGCUUUUGGAGGCAAAGGAUACUAUGUCGAAACGCCUGAAGAACUAAAGUCUGCACUAUCUGAGUCCUUUUCUGCUCGAAAUCCAGCAGUCAUAAAUGUGAAGAUCGAUCCCUACGCCGGUGCAGAAAGCGGGAGGCUACAACAUAAGAACUGAAGAUAAGUCUUUAAACUCCUUUCAAUUGUGUGCCAAUGCAUUAUGUUUGUAGCAGAAUUUAAAGCAAGCUUAGCUUUCUCUUCUUCUUUUCUUUUUCUUUUUCUAUUUCAUUUUCAUUACCACUAAAUUAUGUAAAAUUAUGAACUUUGAAUAAAGUUGAAUGUAAGUUGUAAAGCCAGCAGUUGGAGA